UUUAAAAUGGCUGGUUGAUCCAAGAUCUUGUUCAUGUGCUCUAUUUAUUGUUCAGGCAUCAUGUUUUUAGGAGCAAUCCUCUUCUCAAUCCUGAUUCUUCUUCAUUGGAAAGAAAAUGAAUACCUGGCUCCUCACGAUAGAAGUAGGGAUGAAGAAAUCAGUACCCUCAGUUCAGCUUUACUUAUGAACAUCGGUUGCUUUAUCCUCUGCUUUGGCUACAGUUACUGUUACAACAAGAGGACAUCUAAUGAAAAAGAUAAUGCACCAGUUGAAUUCGAAAACAUCAGUGAUAGCAGCUAUGAUUAAUCCAAGAACUCUUUCA